CUCCUCCCACGCGAUGCUUUCCAAGCAGUUUUCCUCUGAAUGACAGUGUCUGGGGAAGGGGAUGAAAAAGUUGUGUGAUUUCUCGCAGCCUCAACGCCGAUGAGCAGCAGUUGGAGAACUUCAAUCUAACUGAAUGGAUUGGCAUGGGGAGAAGCAGCACCCUCAACCCGGCUAAGCGGCGGCUCUGGGACUGGAUUUGUCUUUUAGUGCUUUCUAUGUCCUUGCUUCUCCGAUCAGCGUGCUGCCAAACAUGCCGUAUUCAGCGUUGUAAUGCAGACUACGUGGCCUCAUUUUCACCCUCCGGUGGCUUGCAAGAGGAGGUGCUUCCAGAUGUGGACUACUGCACGGCACUGAGGGCCUACUCCUUGUGUACCCGUCGGACUGCUCGCAGCUGCAGAGGGGACCUGGUCUACCACUCCGCUGUAUUCCGCAUCAAAGAGCUCUUUGCACAGCAUAACUGCUCCAGCGACGGCCCGACAUCGUCGGCCAAAGCACCCAGCACUUCUAGACCGCCCGUGGUGGACGUGUGUAAUUAUGAAAGUCGGGUGCUUGCAUCAGGGCCCUCGGCCCAGCAGAAAAAGUAUGGACAUUGUGGAUUAUUCGGGGAUCCACACUUGCGGACGUUUCGGGAUGAGUUUCAGACGUGUAGGGUGGAGGGGGCUUGGCCGCUUAUCCACAACCGAUAUCUUUCGGUUCAAGUCACAAAUGUGCCGGUCGUGGAAGGGUCCAGUGCUACGGCUACCAACAAGAUAACAGUCAUCUUCAAGUCCUACCAUGACUGCACCGAGCAGAAGGUUUACCAGGCCACCACAGAGGACCUGCCUUCAGCAUUCCAGGAUGGCACGCGCAGCGGUGGUAAAGGAGACAGUCUGUGGAUCGUAGAGGGAAGCGGAGGUCUCGGCAUCCGGCAGGUGAAGAUCCACGCUCGGUACCUGGGCACGUCCAUCAUCGUUCGCCAAGUUGGCCGCUACCUGACUUUCGCUAUCCGCAUGCCUGAGGACUUAGCGGAGGAAAACGGUGGCCUGCAGCUGUGCCUGCAUGGCUGUCCGCGCAGCGAGGUCAUCAAGGCCCACGUGCUCAACCGCCAACAGAGUCUCCGUCCGCCACGACUUACCGGCGGCUGGUUUGGCGGCGGCGAUGGCGGCGAGCUGCAGCCGGGCCUCUCGGCACAUGUGGACAUGCUUGAACGUGCCACUACAAAGUGCAGAGAGAUGCUGCAAGUAGAGGACGUUUAUUUCCAAUCGUGCGUGUUUGAUCUUCUCACAACGGGCGAUCCGGAGUUCUCCAUGGCUGCUUACGGCGCUCUGGAGGAUCUGAAGGCACUUCCACCCAGCACUCUGAAACAGAGCUCGCCCAGGACUCCACACAUUUUUAACACGGGAACAGUCGUUUCACCAUCUGUUUAUGUAGCUUUGCUGCUGCUUUUGCUGUUGAAUUGAAAGCGCUGGUCGAGGCGACCCUCGAAAACCCUUUUGGAAAUCCACGUUGGUCAAGUUUCACACUUAGGUUGAUUUAAAACUAUAGGCCAGUAAGAAAAACUGAAACCGCCACUACAGUGCUAAGUGAAAAUAGACCCUGAAUCCUUGAUCUGCCAUUUAAACACGCGUUUAUCCUUUGGAGCGGGAUAAUGGUGAAACACUCCAGGCUUUCUGAAUGUGAAAUCAACCGUGGCCCUCUAAUCUGGAAAAGAUGAAGGCAGCUAAUCUGCAUAUCCUUUAGAUUACAACAGAUUCAAGUCUCACCAGAGAGGAGACCUAUUAUAAGGACAUGAAGCUUCUAUUGAAAAGUAUUAAGAGACAGUGAGAGGUGGCCUAGAGCACACCGUAGUACGCAUCUUCCAGGAUCACACGAGUUUAGUUGCACUUCACAAGCGUGGAAGGUUAUUGAAAAUUCAUGAUAUGUUCACGGGAUCCAACAACUACUGGAAAACCUACCUAUCCAUAUACUUUUAGGGUUGCUAAUAUCCAUAAACAAGGCUACAAAUGUACAGUCACGUCAACCAGACACAAACUGACCUCCUCAAGCUGCUCUGCUUAUUAUGGUUGAAAGUAAACGAAACAAAUUCUUUAUAUAAUAAUAUAUUGAAAGAGUGUAUAUAUGUUUUAUAAUGUGUACAUUCACCCGUGUAUAGAUGCUUAUGUUUUAAAUUGGACGUUUUGAAGCGGUUUCAUCUAGCUAGAUAUUUUUUUAGUUUGUAAGAAGUAACUAAUAUGUGAUGCAUUGUAUAAUCUGUUUUCCAUAUUAAAAAAAGAGUUGUGACAGUA